UCAGAGCCCUAUGGGCCCUGUUCAAAAGUAGUGCACUAAAUAGGGACAGGGUUAUAUUUGGGACGUACAUUACUGUUAAACCACAGAACAAAAAAUUAUCAUGUUUUGCAGCAAUACCCAGUUAGAUCAAUGGGGAAGGUUUGCGGCAACUUAUUAUACAUUGGAUAUUGUCUAAUAGGAUCCUAGCUACAUUAUUCUACACGUUGUUAGUGUUCAGUUUAUAAAUUGCCUACAAAACAAUGGAUCAUUUUAAAGUAUAAUAACUGCCAAAAUAAGGGAAACACUUGAGUAAACGAGGGAUACAAAGUAUAUUAAAAGCUGGUCCUUUCAGACUAGGCAAUGCUCAGUUGCCUAUUAUUUUGGCUAGAAGAAGAGAUCUCAGGGGGAUUAAAGUGUGUGUGUGUCAGUCACCAGAUCUCAACCCAAUUGAACAAUUAUGGGAGAUUCUGGAGCUGUGCAUGAGACAGUGUUUUCGAAAAAAAACACCAAACGAUGGAAUUUCUCGUGGAAGUAUGGUGUGGCAUCCCUCCAAUAGAGUUCCAGACACUUUAAAUUUAUGCCAAGGCACAUUGAAGCUGUUCUGGUGGCCCAGCGCUCUAUUUUAAGAAACGUUAUGUUGGUAUUUCCUUUAUUUUGGCAGUUAUGGCAUGAUCAUUUGAAAAAAUUCACUUUAAUUUAUCUUAAUUGUCCUAGUAGACAAAUCGGACCACAUAUCCCUCUGAGAAAAUUUUUGUUAUUGUAUUCUAUUCUAUUGAAAAAAAGUCUGAAUAGAACGGAAUAUAGUUUUUCAGGAACUACCCGUUUUACAGGCAAUAAUUAUGUCUUUCUGUGGAUAACUGACUAAUUAGAUCAGGCAUUUUAACAACUUUUUUUAGGACAAUUGUCUCACUCUCACACAAUGACUAAAGCAUCUAUUGUAAAACUAUUUUUUCGAUCUUGAGUUUUAAAAUUAGGAGUUGAUCACUUGUUGCUCACUCGUGUUGAUUUGGCAAAGGCACACUUCGAGGGUGAGUUUGUCAACAGUUUGGGUGUGACGAAUGAGUCAAAUUGAAAAAAUGUAUAGCGCGGCUUCUACAAGUUCAGACAAACUUCUUGAAUACAUCAUUGAUAUGACUAAUUGGGUAGGUUAGCUUACAAUUCACGUGUAGGUAAACUACAAAACUGGUCUUUAUUUGGUCGGGUGUGACAGUCAGUUAUCGGGAUGGGAAAGCAGGUUUUUCAAGUUGGCACCUCUUAAAACGGGCACCUGCACCUGUUCUACCAUUACUACAUUUGAGGUGCGCGAAACCAAAGGAGAGCAACCAUGACAUCAACUACAGAGACUUUACCCAGUGGACUAGGAAUAUGCACAACUAUUCCAGACAUUUUCUACCUACCGGAGCUUGUCUUUGGAGGUCUGGUAUGGAUCCUGGUGGCAUGUACACUGGUGGAUCCCAUCAACCCACAGGGCUGGGUGAUGUUCGUGUCCGUCUUCUGUUUCACCAUGACCUUCAUCUGGAUGUGCAUGUUCGCCUUCGGAGUGCAUCGCAACAGCGGGGGAUGGGCAACUGCUGACUUUGCAUACCACGGCAUUGCAGCUUUCUUCUACCUCAGUGCCUCAGUGGUUCUCGCCAAAGUGACCCUGGAUAAGAAAAAUGGAGCCCUCUUUGACUAUCGACUUGACAUUUCUGCAGUGGUGUUCUCUUACGUGGCCACACUCCUCUACUUCAUCCACACCAUAUUUUCGGCCAUGAGGUGGAAGUCCUUCUAAACUAGAACGAUGCUAAAGGCCUCAGUCAAAGAGGAGAAGGUCUUAAGUCUACUAUUGGAAACCAUGGAGGGCUGUGGUGUAAUGUACCGCAUGGCCUAUACCCUGAGGUAAAGAAGAAAUCUACCUGCUCUGCAUCCCAAUUCUCUAUCAUUCUCCUCAUUCUCCCCCUACAUAUUCAAAAGCAAAUGAUUGGUUUAGACUAGAGGGAAUUGCCAUCAUAGGCCUACAUGUCCUUUCUUUUUAAAUUCAUGAAGGGAAGUGAACAUAUGCACUAUGCACACUUAGGGUAGACGGGUAGUAAAGAACCAGAUCCCUCUCGGAGGACUAACCCUACGAAGCAAACCUAAAAUUAAAAAGUAAUGAUGGCUACUAAGUCAAUUAUUACAGUUACAACAUUUUUUAUUUUACAAUUUUUUACUUUUAUAAUUUUUUCACUUAAUCUUCCACAUUUUAUUGAACAAACCAGAAAUGUAAAAUGUAAUGAAAUGUUUGUUUGCUUGUUUUUAUAUGCUUUGCUACUGAUAGCAUUUUUGUAAAAUGUUGAUCCUGAUGGAUCCACCUACUGUUACGUUCUAAUAAAGGUGUUAUGAAACAUUGUAAACCUACAGUAGGACACAUUAGUGAUACUAAAUAAUUGUUUUUAAUAUAGCUAGCUCUCUUCAAAUACCCAAAGUGUUUGUAGCCUCAUAGACCAAACAAACAAUAAAAUGGUUAACCAGUC